GACCAACCCAACCGGCGAUUUCCGAGAAGUCUUUCUGCUUAGAGCAAGAAGCGGAACCAAAAUAAAGCUUUCUUUAUUUUCAUUUAUGGAUAACCAAUCCAUUUUCCAAUAUAGUUGGGAGAUUUUACCCAAGAAAUGGGUACAUAAAAUGAAAAGAUCGGAACAUGGGAAUAGAUCUUAUACCAAUACUGACUACCCAUUUCCAUUGUUGUGCUUUCUAAAAUGGCAUACCUAUACAAGGGUUCAAGUUUCGAUCGAUAUUUGCGGAGUGGAUCAUCCCUCUCGAAAACGAAGAUUUGAAGUUGUCCAUAAUUUACUGAGUACUCGGUAUAACUCACGCAUUCGUGUACAAACAAGUGCAGACGAAGUAACACGAAUAUCUCCGGUAGUCAGUCUAUUUCCAUCAGCCGGCCGGUGGGAGCGAGAAGUAUGGGAUAUGUCUGGUGUUUCUUCCAUCAAUCAUCCGGAUUUACGCCGUAUAUCAACAUAUUAUGGUUUUGAGGGUCGUCCAUUACGAAAAGACUUUCCUCUGAGUGGAUAUGUGGAAGUACGCUAUGAUGAUCCAGAGAAACGUGUGGUUUCUGAACCCAUUGAGAUGACCCAAGAAUUUCGCUAUUUCGAUUUUGCUAGUCCUUGGGAACAGCGUAGCGACGGAUAAUUCCGAAUCUACAUAGGUCUAGUCCAGGGGACAAAUCAAUAGGAAAUGCUAUUUGCUUCUUAAGAAGAAGAACUUUUUUGAAAUGAAAGAGUUUCCACGGGCGUCAGAUAUCAUUUCUUCAAAUAAGGAAGAAGUGUUAUCGAAGGAUUUCCUUCCAUUCUUCCUAGUAUGGAAGAAGUAAAGAAAAAGUACUGCGUCUCGAUCUAUACGAAAGGGCACUGGUUUUUUCUUUCGGUUUCAUUGAUAGCAGAAGAGUACGCUAGCUAGCGGAGCCUGAAAACGCUUGCUUGCGCCCCACCCCUACGGAAACUAUUGCCUAUGCUUGCUGCUCGCUCAGUGUCAGUAGAAGGGAAGAAAAGAUGGUCACUCCUUUUAGGAACAUGGCGAGCCUUACUUACGACUGUUGCACUUCACUCGCUGCUCGUUCAUUCACUUGCUCAUGAACUCGCUGCUUCGCCAGAAGCGACUAGUCGCCUCCUUUCCUCCGCCGAAAGAUGCUUAGCCAGAAGCGACGAAGGAGGGGAGCUGGGGAAGGCCGACGAUGGCAAUGAGGGGGAAGCUAUCGUAGAAGCUUUGCCCCUUGCUUUACAUAAAUGGAUUGUUAUGAACUUACUAAAUGACCUUAUUUAUUCUCCCGGAACGCUAGCAAAUCUAAUAGUUCCAUCUGCUCUUCUUAACUUAAGAACGAAGACCGCCAUCCUUCUUAUUCAGGAACCCUUUGUUUGAGGAGGGCGUAUCCCCGGGAAGGGGAGAGUGGCCGAGCGGUCAAAAGCGACAGACUGUAAAUCUGUUGAAGGUUUUCUACGUAGGUUCGAAUCCUGCCUCUCCCACUUGUUGUAGACUUAAGAGAAGAGAAAGUAGGCGGAAGCCUAGGAGGGCCAACCGAGCGAAGCUCUUUUUUUUUUGCCGUGCCGUGAAGUGCAAUUUUCUCGUAUGCAUUUUAGAGAGGUUGUCGAAAAAAGAUGAUCUAUAGAGAUUCCCCAUCUAUAUCCAAUCGAGAAUAGAAGCGAGUCGCUUCCGGCGUCGGCUUGUAGUCUCUGCAGUCGGCACACGCACGCGCCCGCCAUCAUGCCUCCUUGGUUCGGGACGAAGCCAAGCGAGACAUACGAUAGACGAAGGAAGCGCCCACCCAGCAGGAGGGCUAAAACCUGUAGUUUUGAAGUUGCAAACUCCAGCUUCGAAGCUGGAGUGCUUUAGCCCUUUUUUAAGCAAGAAUCACCGUCUUGAGCGCCUUGCGCGCUCAAGAACAAGCAAGGGAUGAGCGCUUUGUUGCUAAAGCGGAUACGUUUUCUUGCUGGGGAAGGCUAGUUUGAUCGAGGAUUGGAGAGGAGGGAGAGGUGGAAUAAAAAGCUCGGGAUGGAUUUUGGAGUCUUUGUGCGAGCCGUAUGCGGUGAGAGUCGCACGUACGGUAAGGAGGGGGGUUCGCGUCUAUACGUGUAGUGUGGUGGUUGGGCCUACCCACCCUAU